ACACAAUGUUUCAAGUGAAACUGUCCCAUGUUUGCACCAUCGAACAUGUGGCGUCUCGCAGCUUUUUACCCCCUUUACCCCCCAAAGCGUCCUGCUUCGCCCGUUUCAAGCGUGUCCUGAAAAAGAUAAUUCUCAUCACUGAAAUCAACCCCAACAGUAUGAACUUUUUCAGGAGCACGGCUGAAAUCCUCGACGAAAGGAGACAGCAGGUCAAGUCGGGGUCGUGGGUCAUCCACCCGUUCAGUAUUUUCAGACUGUAUUACGAGAUUUAUAUGGCGAUUUUGUUGUUCUUCUGGUUGAUUUAUUUGCCCCUGGAUGCUGCAUAUGGGGAUUACCUCGCAUUGGAAGUUUUGGUUUUUAAUUGGUUUUUUAACACGUUGGGAGUUAUUGAUAUUUUUGUGAAUUUCACCACGGGUUACAAGAGUAAGAAAAAGGAAACGAUUGUGAUGAAGUGUUCGUCAAUCGCUGGUAAUUACAUAUUUAGUUUUUUUUUCGUGGGGGACGUAUUAGCCCUCACGCCUGAAUUACCGAAGGAUUUAAUUAACCACCACACCGACAAUUUACUCGAUAUGUUGUCACUGGCGAAAACUGUGCGCAUUUUAACUUACUUGGACUAUUUGGAGACAGUUUUUAGUUAUUUCAGAAUCAAAACCGGUGCGCAAACUGUCAUAAAAAUGGCCACUUUGGCGUUUCUUCUCAUUCAUGAUCUUGCGUGUAUUUUUCCAAUGAUGGCAACAGCAAGUGAAAUUUUUGAAUCGUUCACUGAAGACGAAGAACGACACCAAGAAACUAACCACAUGAGUCUUAAUCUGCAUAUAAGGAGUGAAAAUCUCUCAAUGGAUUUCUUUUCUUUGUAUAUAAGAAACCUCUACACGGCCUGUUCGUAUAUUCUAGGGGUUGAUAUUCGAUUCAAAUAUCAUUAUCCUUGGUCGUUUUAUAUUACGGCCAUUCUUGGAUAUUUCAUCGGGAAAUUUCUCCUCCUUUUUGCCACAGUGGUGAUUAUCAACAUGUUGAAAAGCCGUAACAAUUUAGAAAUCAAAUAUUUCGCGAUGAUGAGCCAAGUGGAUGAUUACAUGAAAGCGAAAAAUUUUCCAAUCGUGGUUCAGAAACGCCUUCGUGAAUGCUAUCUCUACAAAUACCGCGAGAAGUAUUUUAAAGAACACGGAGUGAAGAAUUUUAUUUCCGAAAAAUUGAAAAAAGAGAUCAAUUAUCACACGUGUCGCCGCUUGGUCAACAACGUCCAAAUCUUCCAGUCGCUCACGCGUGAACUCGUCGAGGAAAUCCUCCACCACCUCAAACCCGAGAUUUAUUUACCCAACGAUAUAAUCGUCAAAGCUGGCUCUGAGGGCGACUGCAUGUACUUCCUGGCUUCCGGCACGGUUUCAGUGGUCUCACCCUCAGGCAAAGAAAUUUGUCACCUCGAAGACGGCGACUAUUUCGGGGAAAUUUGCCUACUUUACUCCAAUUUGAAGAGAACGGCCACCGUUAUCGCACUUGAAAUCAGCGAAGUUUACAAAUUAGACCGGAAAUCGUUCAAAAAAUCCAUGGAGAAUAAUCUACCCCUCUUCAAAAAACUACAAGCUGAUGCCAAAAAGAGAUACAGGGAGACGAGAGACAUCGAAAGGAUGUUUAUGACGGCCUCCCAUCGACAAAUCCUCGAAACGCAAUCGAUAGACGCCUCUGAGAAAACUUACUAACAAUUGCUGUUUACUAAUUAAUUCAUUAAUUAAAGUUAAGUUGACAACACUGGUUUUCAUAGCAACUUUAUUACUCAAUAUCUCAAAAACUGCGCAUUGUAGAGUAUUUUAACC